AAUUAAUGAGUCAUUAGUUAGUGGGACCAAAAUUUCAUCUUUUAAAUUUUAGCAAGGCCUUACUCUGAGCAACAAAGCAACUGUAUGGAGAUGGAGUACCAAGUUGGUAGGAAACCAAGGUUUCUAUGCUUUCAUGGAUAUAGAACAAGUGGGAAAAUCCUUGAAAGAGAGCUCCAACGAUGGCCAGAGUUUGUGAGGGAAAAGAUGGAAUUAGUCUUCAUAGAUGCACCUUUUCCUGCUCAAGGUCCACCAAUACCACCAGCUGCUGCUGAGGGAAACUUUGAUCCUCCCUAUUAUGAAUGGUUCCAAUCCAAUGAGGAUUUCUCGGAGUACAUGAAUUUUGAUGAGUGUAUUGCAUACAUAGAGGAUUGCAUGACAAGGAUUGGACCAUUUGAUGGUUUGCUAGGUUUUUCUCAGGGAGCAUUAUUAUCCGCUGCAUUACCAGGGAUGCAGACAGAGGGUGUGGUUCUCACUAGAGUUCCUAAAAUAAAAUGUGUGAUAAUUAUAUCAGGGGGUAAAUUUGGGGGCUCAAAAUUUUCUUCACCAAAGCUUGCUGAAAAUGCCUUCUCUUCUCCCAUUGAAUGCCCGUCACUCCACUUCAUAGGUGAGAAGGACUUGGCGAAGCCAUAUGCAAUCGAACUCCUGGAUCCAUUUGUUGAUCCUUUUGUGAUAUUUCACCAUGAAGGUCAUGUGGUACCUAAACUAGAUGAGAAAGGCUUGGAGGUCAUGCUCAGCUUUUUGGAGAAGAUUCAGAAACUGUUGUAGAAAAGAGAUCGUGAGAGGAGAGCAAAAGUUUGUUGAUAAUGGGAAUGAAAAGGCUUUCAUCUCUUGGAUAUAACAAAAAUUUUAUUUCAUAUAAAUGUGCAAGCUAGCAAAUGGCAUUGUCAAGUUAAAUUUGCUUAUUUUAACAACAAUUUUUGAUUCACCAUUUUUUUCACAUAAAUAUGCAAACUGGCCAAUGGCAUUUUCAUGUCAAUUUGACAGCUAUUAUUGAUGACAA